UUUCCAAAACACUUGCAGCAGUGGCUUGUUUUCGUGUUGUUUUCGACCCUUUGUUUAUGUUUUUAACACACGUUUACAUGUUUGUGGUUUAUCAGUUACUCGUCGCUUUCGCGGAGACCUUCAGCAGUAAUAUACGGUCUUUUAUUUUUAGACAUCCAAGCAGAUGGAGGAACAGCUUCGUGUAGGUGGCUGUUCUCCGGACGGUGGGUUUACUAUAGUAAACGAGGCUCCGGUCGCGGAUUUACUGGAGUUUCUGCACAUUGACGUGGAGCUCGAGCACGCGCGUGACGACAGAGAGGAGAGCGCGCGCUCGAAAAAUGUAAUGCGGAAACAGCGUAACUGGGAGAGAAGACUGGAGGUGAAAAAAAGCAAAAGGAAAGAGGAGAAACUAAGGAAGAAGCUCAACAGACAAGAUAAAGAUGUGAGUGACGCACAGCUCAGUAAACGCGUCAUUAAAGCCAUCACCAAAGAGAGACUGGAGGAGGCGCGAGCAGCAGGACUGCGUCUGUGUGUGGACCUCAGCAUGACUGAACAUCUCACACACAAGGAAAUCAGUCGUCUUGCGGCUCAGAUCAGACGCCUCUAUGGAUCCAAUAAAAAGGCCUUGCAGCCGUUCCACGUUUUCCUGACGGAGCUACAAGAGGACAGUCUGCUGUAUAAGGAGUGUGUCCGGAUGAAUGACGGCUUCAUGCAUUACUUGAUUGAUGUGACGGAGGAGAGCUGGUUUCAUCUAUUUCCCUCUGAAGAUGUGAUAUAUUUAACUCCGGACGCAAGCGAAGCUCUAGAAAGCGUGGAGGAAGAUAAAAUCUACAUCCUUGGAGGUUUAGUGGAUGAAACCAUACAGAAGAAAAUAAGCUACACGAAGGCCAAAGAGCUCGGUGUUCGCACAGCACGACUGCCUAUUGAUGAGUACAUGGUGAAGAAAAAAAACCCCAAAAACUUCCACUCCAAAAUCCUGGCCAUCAACCAAGUGUUUGAUAUCCUCCUGACAUUUCGGGACACCAGAGAUUGGACUAAAGCUCUUAUGGCAGGAAUCCCUCCUGGAAAAGGAUUUGUUUUGGCAUCGGCAGCGUCUAAACCUCUGGAAGAGACGUAGACACUCACAGGCUUUCAUUUGACAGCGUUCAUCAGUAUAUAUUAACAGUCAGUGUGUGCGUGCGUGCGAGCGUGCAUGCGUGCGUGCAAGCGUGCGUGCGUGCAUGCGAGCAUAUAUAUAUAUAUAUAUAUAUAUAUAUAUAUAUAUAUAUAUAUAUAUAUAUAUAUAUAUAUAUAUAUAUAUAUAUAUAUAUAUAUAUAUAUAUAUAUAUAUAUAUAUAUAUAUAUAUAUAUAUAUAUAUAUAUAUAUAUAUAUAUAUAUAUAUAUAUAUAUAUAUAUAUAUAUAUAUAUAUAUAUAUAUAUAUAUAUAUAUAUAUAUAUAUAUAUGACUGGCCUUUCUUUUAUGGUAUUUUUUUAUAUUUUCUGACUAUUGAAAACAUUAUAAAUAAUAAAUAAAUAAAAAUAAUGUUAAAUAUUUAGGUAGUUUGAUGUUAUCAUACCUUAUUAACAGUGAUUGAAUUAAAUUUAUUAUUUCUAGUAAUUUUAUAAUUCAAGUAAUCUUGACUGAUAAUGUGCAUUUAUUUGAGUAUCAUCAUGUCUGAGACACAGACUUUCUAUAAGAUAAUAUAGUAUUAAUAAUGCAUGUUUUGUAUCACAUUUUAUUUUACAGAAAUGCUUUAAAUCAGUUGUCUAAGGGAGAGUUUUAUCUCUCACACACACACACACACAUAUUGCAUCAGAUAUGACAUCUCUGGCCGUCUUGUUUUAAUGAUAAUUUUUGCUUAUUAUCUAGUUAAACUCACUAAACUGUCUUUCGAUGUCAAAUAUGUCGGCUGUUCAAUUUUAGCUUAAUUUCCUUUUUUUUGUACAAAAAUGCUGUAAUUCAGUCUCAGGGACCUUCAUUCGUUUAUUUAUAGAGAUUUGUGUCUGCCUUU